CUUCAUAGCUUUUUAUUCGUUGGGAAAUUGAGUAAACUACUGAAGAAGAUGGACGACUUAGUGGGCGAAACGACCUUUAAUGCUAACAUCGGUCGCACUGCCCGAUCCACUCUUCUGCGAGCCCCUGAAUUGCCGAUUCACAAGGAGCUGAUCGAAUACGCAGCGUCUUCUUGCCGAAUGUUCUACAUUCAGGACGCUUCCGCCUGGCGGGAAUGGGCAACGACAAACGAGGCUUUCCAAGACCUCUCCGCCCAGGAAGUCUGUAAAAUAUUCCUGACCGACGUUCUGCCCCAGUUGGACACCUACGAGCUACCGCAGGCGGUCAAGGAACGCUUGAAGCUCUUGGAUCUGCAUCCAUUCUUCCGACGCGCUGGUCAUGGCUAUCAGUAUACUCCCGACUGCGAUUUGGCUAGUAGAUUCGUACUUCAGCCCCAACAAGAUUUCCUUCUAGCUGGCGAUAUCCAGAAAUCAAAGGAAUGUGAGUCCGGAGGAAGAUCCCAAAUCGUGCUUAUAGACAACGAAGAACUGGAGCGUCAGUCCUGUGGCGGAUACAACAGCAAAAUUAGUCACGAGUCUGCUGUUUUGUUUUCAGCUCUGCUUUCCACUGACCACGAGCUUUCCAUUAGCCAAAUGCAUGAUCUGGGCGAGAUUCACCAACGAUUGCGACAGGCCAAACAGAAUUUCGAGGACCGUGCCAGAUUUGCUCCAUUUCGUGAAAACGUCAGUGAUCUAAGUAACGAUGUAGAGGUCUUUGCCAAUAUGAAAUCUAAACUUUGUAAGGUAAUGAGUGAUCUUAGGAAAUAG